ACGGUGACGCCGGCGUCGGCGGCCGCGGAGGGGGCGCCCCAGGCGCUCGAGGACCGCAGGCUGCUGCGGUCGCGCUACCUCGCCGUCAAGAGCCAGAUCAACGAUGACAAGGACGAAAUGGCGCGCGCGGAUUCGGCCAAGUUCAGCGCCAUCUUCACGCAGGUCGAGACCCUGCACCAGCUCGUUCAGAAGCCCAGGGAGCAGAUAGCUGAUGCGGAGGCGUUGCUGGACAUCGCGACCAGUCUGGGGGCAUCAGUAAGGUCGCAGUCAGCGCUCGGAAUCACACCCUCUGAUCUUGUUGCUGGGCUGCUCAAGAAGUUUGGGACGCGGGCGGAUGCCAAUGGCGAGGGUGCCUCGCUGAGAUGGGGCCGUGUUGGGCUUGCCGCGUCUCACGUCUUCAUGGCUGUGCCUGGAUGCUCCACUAUGGUUGGUCCCAUGAAGGCAGAAGUGAAGGCGCGGAGGAAACAUAUCACUAGAAAGAGGACCCCAAGACCGCGCAGAAAUGAUCGCCCUGAGCAGCUUGUUGAUCCAUCAGAGACAGGAAAAAGUGAUACAGACAGGAACAUGGCUGUUCUAUUUGAUGUCCUGAGGAAGUAUAAAAGAGCAAGACUUGAAAACCUUAUUUUAAAUAGGACCUCCUUUGCCCAAACGGUGGAGAAUAUAUUUGCUUUGUCAUUCCUUGUUAAAGAUGGCAGAGUGGAAAUCAACGUGAAUGAUGAUGGACAUCAUAUUGUCUGUCCAAGGAAUGCACCUGCUGCUAGUUCGAUUGCCAAAGGAAAAGUGGUAUACAAUCACUUCGUCUUCAGAUUUGAUUUCCAGGAUUGGAAGCUUAUGAAAGGGAUAGUUGCAGAGGGGGAAGAACUGAUGCAGCACAGGCCGUCUUCCCUCAGCACGUCUGGAGGAAACAACCAACAGGAGAUGCCUAUGCCAACACACACAACGCCGAUCAGGAAGCUCUCCAGGAACCGGGGCUUGGUCAUGCAAGCACAGCAGGAUGAGAUGGCAUCCCCAAGAACAUUGGAAGUCAUGGUCAUGGAGGAUACGCAUAUGAGUCCCCAAGACAAGUCGAGUGUUACAGGCAGACUGGACGUCAUGGUGAUUAAGGAGGAGAUGGCCAAGGAUAAGAAGGAAGUUUUCCAGACCUACAAGCGCAGGCGCCGCCCCCUCGCCCAGGACCUCGUUCAGGAGUUUAACCGAGUGGGCUGA